CAGGAUCUCAGCCUACCAAAGUCCAUGAUCGCUCGUCUUGCAAAGGGAGUCCUACCUGCCAAUACACAAAUUCACAAGGAUGCGCUGCUCGCUCUACAUAAGAGCGCGACAGUUUUCGUCAGCUACAUCGCCUCCAACUCCAACGACAAUGCGCAAGCAGGCGGCAAGAAGACAAUAUCACCGCAAGAUGUAAUGGCAGCGCUGAAAGAUGCGGAGCUGGAGGAGUUCAUUCCGAGACUUGAGGCUGAGCUGAAGAGUGAACCGGCGAAGAAGAUGAAGGGCGAAGGUGGCGAGGCUGUACAGGCGGACCAAGAUGGCGAUGAUGCAGAUGAUGAUGAGGGAGAUGACGACCAGGAUGGGGAUGAUCAGGAUGAUGAGGGCGAUGAUGGAGGUGCUGAUUCCGAGGUUGAUGAGGAGAAUGAC